GGAUGUGACGUCAGAACCUGGCAUGUGAAGCUUCAGUGGGAAACUGACAGUGAUGGCGGAAGUGGCUGUGUUGCUACCCGUGAUGGCGGAAGUGGUGGAGGAGAAGAUGAAACCGGACCCGGAGAGAAGCCGUUUUCCUCAUUGCGUCGUAUGGACGCCAAUACCUGUGCUGACAUGGCUGUUUCCAUUCAUUGGUCAUAUGGGGAUCUGUACAUCAUCUGGUGUGAUCCGAGACUUUGCCGGGCCUUAUUAUGUGUCUGAGGAUUGCAUGGCAUUUGGGAAGCCAGUCAAAUAUUGGCAGCUAGAUCCUAACCUUGUAUUUGCCAGUGGCACCAACCCUUGGGAUACAGCAGUCCAUGAAGCUUCUGAAGAAUAUAAACAUCGAAUGCACAACUUGUGCUGUGAUAAUUGUCAUUCCCAUGUGGCCAUGGCCCUAAACCUUAUGAAAUACAAUAACACCUCCUGGAAUAUGGUAAAACUCUGCUUCCUGAGCCUGGUCUACAGCCGAUAUGUCAGUGUUGGAGCCUUCCUGAAGACCUGGGUUCCCUUCUUCCUGCUGGUAGGGGCAAUUCUCACAGUCAUUCUCACCUUACACUUGCUGUGACAUUUUCAGUGUGGACUUCCAAAUGACUAUCAGCCAUCCUGACUCUAGCCCCACCAGAAAUGAAGGGGGAGAUGGAACAGAGGACAGUGUCUUCAAACUGUGUCAAUUAUCUGUUCACUUUCUGUUUCUGUGAGACUCGCAUGGCUCCUUUAUCCUGUCUCUUUAAACCAACUGGAAAAUUGCAGGAAAUGUUAUUUUAAAUGUUUGUGGUAUUAUUCGGAUAAGCAGGUACUCUUACUAACAAUCGUAUAGAACUUAGGCUCUCAUGUAAUAUACCCAAACCAAUAAUUGGUGUCCAAAUCUCACUCAUAAGCACAGUAACACGUACACAGUACGGUUGUAAAUAGAAUGCCAUUGCUUGUAUUUCAUUGGUAGUCACCUGUUGGUGUACGGGAGUGCAUAUGUAUGUGUGUGCAUAUAAUGAUAUAUAUAAUCUACUAUAACAAUGUAUUUGCUGCAAUGAUGAUAUUGUACAGUUAGAUUACUGCCCAGUAUGUGGUGUUUUCAUAAUGUUGAUAGCAUAUGGGAUAGCUAACAUCUGUACCGUAAUCAUGUGGCAGCCUGGAGUCCCCUACACACGUACCGUUUAUCUCUGUACAGAUGUGCAAGAUUUUUAUACAUGUAAGUAUGUUAAUUCUUGGGAAAUGGAUGAUUAAAAAACAAAGAAAGGUUUUCUUGUUCUCACUAUGAAAUGAUAGUUCCGAUUAAUAUAUAUAUAUUUCAUGCGCACACAAUAUUAAAUGUCCAUUGAGAAAUUUUAAUGCCAGGUACACACUAGGACAACCCAGAUCACGGCUGACGGGAAGACUGAUGAAAAAAUACAUUGAUUGCCCGUACGCACUGACCGAUAAAGCGUGUCACCAUGCAAUAUAUCGUUCAUGGCUGCAUUAAACUGCAUGCCGUCGUUAGACGGGUCUUCCCAUCUACCGUGCAGCACAGCAGAUGUUGGCGGGCAAGAACGCGCUGAUGUCCAUGCACAUUAGACGAUAUGGUCGAUAUGUUGCUCCAAUCUGCGAUAUCGGAAGACAUACUGUAUUGUCUAAUGUGUACCCAGCCUAGGUCUAACCCAUUAUUCAAGAUAUACAGGUGUGUUCGCUUACAUCUAGCCUCCCUGCACAUUAAACAGCGCUUCUAGUCACACCAUGCCGUGACUUGGUAGCUCCAAGCGUCUUUACGUGCAACUUUCUCCAUUAAAAUGUGUCGUUUUCGCAAAGUAAUGUGAAUAGAACGCACAAGAGGCCUAUGUUUAAAAUGAUAUGAGGUAUGGCUAUAUUCUGUGUGCGAUAUGAAUAAGACACAUUUUCUACAGAACAAAAACGCCGGCACUAACGGAGUUGCACGGGACUUGUCAGCUCACUCAUGCCAGGCAUCUCCCGCCACGUGGCAUAUUGUGGCAAGCUGUAUGAGGGCACAUCUGUAUGGCAACAGCGCAUUAAAGAGAGAACACAAAAAUCUACAGACGCAUAGCUACAACAUAGCAAUACAUAUUUUACAUAACACAAUCAAUGAUUUAUGUUAUUGCCACCAAAACAAUGGAUCUCCCCACAUCCAUCAUGUGCCAGACACUUCACAAUUUAUUACACACAACAGACAACAACGCCUCCCUCAGUUACUUGGAAGAGAAUGGAAAUUACUGCUUACAGAGCAAGACAUUGGGAGCAGUUAUUUUUAGUUAAAACAAACAACAACCUACAGUACCUAGAAAUACAAUAAAAAAGCCAAGUGCAGAAUUGGGAGAUCAUUGCAGGAGCAAAGUGAUGGAAUGAAAAUGUAUGCAUUCCAUGUGACCAUAGGACAGAGCUUAUAAAACGCGGUCCUCAAGGCACCCCAACGGUGCAAUUUUUAAUGUAAUAUUCAAGGCUCAGCUCAGAUGGUGAAAUCAAAUUGACUGAGGUGCUAAAUAAGUCACCUGUGGUCAAGUAUGGAUAACCUUAAAACCUUAACCGUUGGGGUGCCUUGAGGAUCACGUUUGAGAACUUCUGCCAUAUGAUAUAACAAUAUUUAGCCAGGUAAGUGGGCAAUACUGCAUUAAGGUACCAGCGUGGCAUGUACAGACAUCCUUGAGAAUAUACACAUAACCAUGCCUCGGAAAUUCCAAGGUGAUAUAAUAACUGUAUUCAAAUUAAGUGUACAAAUUCCUUUUAUAAUAUAGUUUAAUGGAAAAGAUGCUCUAUCAUAAAGAGAAAGUCUGCUUAUGGUUGUGGUAUUACCAUAUCCCCUCGAUACAGCGAGUAGCCGGAUUAAGGCUUUGUUGGGCCCAGGCACUUAAGCCCUACAGGCCCCCACAUCUAUAGGCUGCAUGUCUGUACCCAUCUAUAUUUGUAUGUGCACAUCUACAUAUGUCUACAUUUAUGUUCCCCUCUGAGCCCAUCUAUCUUUUUUAUAUUUACAUAUCAUAUGCCUGUAUGUGCACCUCCCCCCACUUCAGUAUGUUCGUCCAUGUCCCCUCAUCUGCUACUGUGUGUACUUUAUUGUGCCCUCUUAUGUCUGUAUGUUUUUCAAUGUUCCUCUUCCCUGCAAAAUGUGUGUAUCUUAUUACAUACAUCAAUCUACUGGCCCAGUGGUUUACCUAAGAAGGUCGCCAUCUUAUUUCUCUUUUCCCUGCCGGCUCCUCUGACGCCACAAUGAUGGUCUUCACUGCUAACCAGGCUCCUGUCAGAGGUUGCACUCACCCUCCCAUGCGGGUCACUGUUCUGGAUCAGCACUGGUACCUAUGCCCUUCUCACCAUCCCAUACUGCUCCUAGAUAUAGUGGUUUGGGUCUCAUACAUGAUGGGCACUUUGGAUUUUUUGACAGGUUUUUCACAGAUGAUUUACAAAUUGUAAGACCUUUUUGGGUGGCUCAGUGUUCCCCAGUUUGCAGCAGUCAAGGAUUUGACAGAAUGAGUGUUCCUUAUAAGGGAUAAAGUAGCUGACCAGUGUGCCUGAUAUUUCAUAGCAGCUGAAAAAAAAUAUCUUAAAUUGUAUAUAAAUUUACUGGAAUGAGAGAGGGGUGGAUAGGAAGUUGCAUUUUUAGGGCUUUCCUGGAUGUGCAAGAAUUUAACAGCCAUUUUUAUCCACAAAAAGAACUUCAGUUUUCUAUUGGCUCUGACGCUGGUUAUUUUGCUUCUAAUCCUGAAUUGUUAAUGGGACACACUUUAAAGGGGGGUACCUGAGGGAAUUGUCCCAGAGGGGUGUCAGUGUUUACACCAUUUUGAUCCUUGGGCUAAAUGUUUGCAAAUAAUUAAUUUGGUGCAUUUGUUAUGCUAUAAUGUGCACAUAACUAUAUCAGGGACGUAUUAAGAGAGGAGGUGCUGUCUCCGGCCAGGCCCCCUCCUCUCUAGCAGUCAGUGACCGCGACUCUCAGCACUAGGCGGUGUGCAGGUCUCACGGAAAAUGGCGCAGCGACAUUUUUCUUACUGCGCAUGUGUAAAAUGGCAAGAAAAUGGCCACCUAGUUUCAGAGUCAUGAUCACUGCCGUGGAACUCUGGAGAGGUAAGUAUUGAAGAAAUGGGGGAAGGGUGUAUUGUGUGGGUCCCUCUGAACCCAGGGGUCCGUGUGCAUCAUACACACUGCACCCAUUAUAGAUACACCACUGUAUAUCUUUUUAUUUAUUUAUUUUCUUCAGACUACUUCCAACUUAGAUAUACUUUUUAGUAUUCUGAGGCCUUCCAUGAUUUUUCUGUAACAAUAUUAGUAUUUUAAUUAGUGUGUUUUUUAUGCUUUACAUGUGUGGGGGGUAAAUGUGAAUGUGACAGACUGGUUGCUUGCUGUAGCUAUCUGCCUUAAGAGCCUUGUAGAGUGAAAUACUAGUUGGCACUGCAAAUCGCAAUGUGUUGCUUCGGUUUUUUUCUUCCUAUUACAUAAAACUGUUUAUAUUGGGAUUUGUAACAAACUUGCAAUAAAUUAUCUAAUUUUGAUAUACUGCUCCAUA